CCAACUUGAAUCAAAUGUACAAAAAUCAUCAUCCAAUCUUCUUCUCCAACCCAUAUUUUCCCUUACCACCUUUUUCCCACAAUGCCUGUAUCCACUGCAACACUUGGCUCAGUUUCUUUCCUUUCUCAGCUCUUCAAUCCCGAUGUUUCCUCAUUAUCUUGUUUCGUACACCACACAAAGCUCUCCACUUUAUACUCCAAACCUUCCCUUCUCAGAAAGCCUUCAUCGUCAUCAUUAUAUCAUCUUAAAGUCUCUGCUUCAUCUGCUUCAGCUAAUCCCAAGACUGAUAACUCCCAACAAGCUGAAGCUGCUGUUACUGCUAUUCUUGACAACUCUGUAUCCACUGAUGAGCUUAAACCAGCACCAGCACCAGCACGGAGGUCUGCUGAUUGGAAGGCAGCUAGGGCAUAUUUGCACAGUGGGUUCAUCUAUGGAGGUAGAGUUGAAGGAUUUAAUGGUGGUGGUUUGCUGGUUCGCUUUUAUUCGCUUGUGGGUUUCCUUCCUUUUCCUCAAUUGAGUCCUUCACAUUCUUGUAAAGAACCCAACAAAACUAUCCAUCAGAUUGCCAAAGGUUUGGUUGGUUCAAUUCUUUCAGUGAAGGUAAUCCAAGCAGAAGAAGAGAGCAGGAAAUUGAUAUUCUCGGAAAAGGAAGCUGUAUGGACAAAGUUUUCUACACAAAUUAAUGUAGGCGAUGUUUUUGAAGGAAAGGUCGGUUCUGUUGAGGAUUAUGGUGCCUUUGUUCACUUACGCUUCCCAGAUGGACUUUAUCAUCUCACCGGACUAGUUCAUGUCUCAGAGGUUUCUUGGGAUUUAGUUCAAGAUGUUCGAGACAUCUUGACUGAGGGGGAUGAUGUUAGAGUGAAGGUUGUUAAUAUUGAUCGGGGCAAGUCGAGGUUAACUCUAUCAAUCAAACAGUUGGAGGAGGAUCCACUGUUGGAAACAUUGGAUAAAGUGAUCCCUCAGGAUGGUUCAGCCGAUUCUGAUUCCUUGACUACAAGCAAUAGUAGUACCAUUGAACCGCUUCCAGGGCUUGACGCAAUAUUUAAAGAGCUUCUGCAGGAAGACGGUAUAAAUGAUGUACGUAUUAGUCGACAAGGGUUCGAAAAACGGGUAGUCUCUCAAGAUUUGCAGCUUUGGCUUUCAAAUGCACCACCUAGUGACAAUAUGUUCACCCUCCUAGCUCGUGCAGGAAGACAGGUUCAGGAGAUUCAACUGGCAACAUCCCUUGAUCAAGAAGGUAUCAAAAAGGCUUUACAGCGAGUACUGGAACGUGUUCCUUGAUUCUAAUUUUCACUGCGACUGCUGUUUAUCAUUUCAGGAGACUCGGGUUUGAACCAUAGAUGACAUUGUCGGGAGGGAUAACCACGAACCGCGAAAGGAUUGGUCUCUAUGGACUGUAAAACGGACUUGGAGGAUACCUUGAAUAUAUAGAAAAAUAAUUAUUGUUGAGGGGAGGGCAAUUUCUGUCGGAGAAGUUUUCAAAAUGUCAUUUGUUUGAGAGUCGAUGGACCACUCAAUGGGUUUAUAUUAUCCUCAGUCAGGGUUUUUUUCUUUUUCGACUUUGUGGAUAGCACGAACGUUUGAGGUGGCAGAUUCACAGAACAUGAACGUCUCAUAGGAUUGUACAUGGCACACGGUCACUUGCCAAGUAAGCGUGAGGAUUUAUGCUACCACUUGAUG